CUUAUAAAAUUUAUCAAUCAUUCAAAGUACCCGAAGGACUUAAAGAUGUGCCAACAUUAAGUUAUUUUGGAUUUAUUAUAUCUUUGCUUUCUAAUGAGGGUCCUGACAAACUUUGGGAAAAUUCACAAAAAGUUCUUGAGAAAGAAGGAAUUGGAAAAUUUUGGUUCAAUGGAGCAUGGCAUAUCGUUACAACCGAUUUGGAACUUACAAAAGAUGUAUUUACGAGAGCAGAAUUGUUUCCUAAACCAUCGAUCGAAGAAUUGUUUCCCGGAUCUUUAUCGGCUAGUUACUAUGGCACAAACGUAGUAUUUUCCAACGGAGAUGUUUGGAAACGUCAUCGUUAUAUUAUAAAUCCUGCGUUUAAAAGUCUACCCAUGCACGUAUUUGAUGAAACUGCUUUGAAAUUGCUGAAAGUUACUGAAAAAGUUGAUAAUGGACCUAUAGAAGUCAAAGAUCUUAUGCAUAGACUGACUUUAGAUGUUCUUGGAAGAGCUGCUUUUGGAUUUGAUUUUAAU